AUAUUGCGUACAAUUGCAUGACUGGAAACUAGGUAAAUGUUGCAGUGACAACAUACCACAGUAUUAAGCUAAGUGUCACCAUAAUUUAUUCCCUCGGAAACAGCAUCGUAUGCUGAAGAACAAUGUCCGGUGGAGUUGAAUAGUAGGUUGAUUUAAAGGGACUGUUUUGUUCAUUCCAGACUAUCAACAGACAGGGAAGACCAUGCGUCAACAAGUGUUCAGCCAGGGCCGAUAACUCCUAUUUACAAUGUCAGUUCAUUUCUUUUCAGGGUAAUUAUGGGAAAAUAUGACAUUAUGUCUGACAUUUCGUUGUGUUAUAAUAUUAAUGAUAUGAGACCUGUAUACAAAUUAUUCCUUCAUGAUAACAACAGAUGAUCGCUCAUAUCAAGGAGGCGCAGUUCAUACCCUCAUGGGUGUUCAAAAUGAUUUUUUCCUUGAAUAUAACCAAUCGGAUCACACUCGUCCUGCCCGUAACCGGAAAGAAGAUUCUGACGUGAGUCUGUGCAUAUUGCAUCAAAUUGAUGCAUUUAUUCGUCGGAAGCGCGAUUGUAUAGUUGUAUUUUCACAAAUUAAUAUGAAAGCAUUUUUAUGCUAGUAAUCAGAAGUAAACAUUCUAGAAAAUUGAUCCUCUAAUUCCAAUGUACACGUAAAGUUCAUGUGACUUCAUUUUUGUGUCAAGAUUUAAAAUCUUAAGUAUGCAUGGAGUUAAUUUGAAUAGGGCGAGCAUUGUGGCCUAUGGGUCUCUCGUUUUUAUGUAAGAGCCCUAAGCUAAUCUAAUUUCAUAGAGACGCUUAAUCGAGUUGGAAUAUCAGGACAAGAUCUAAACCAACCCUUUCGUCAUACAUGUAUUUAUCCAAAGGGACAAAAAAAAAAAAAAUAAUAAACAAGAAAGACAAUAUGGGAUGUCCUUUAAAACGGGAUUGUGAAGGGUCACCCAGUUUUCUAUCACUUGUUUAAUUCUUUUUUAUUUGUAAUUGUACGCCAAACGUCAGACUUGGGUUUCUCUGGGGGAUUAGAUAGUGCCAGUUUCACACUUCUAAUAUGUGUCAGCAGCAGGGGUAAUGUUGGUUAAUAUGAGCUACUGUAAUAUUCAAUGUCAUUGUGUAUUCUUCUCGUGUCCUUCAAAUAACCUUCAAUGAAGACGGAGAAAUUUAAGAAGAUUUGCACUGGAUCAUUCGUGAAAAUGGAUGAAUGUUCUCCGUUCAGAGACAAUAUAUGCCAAUUACUUAAAUUUGAAUGAUAUGCUAAUUUCAUGUUAAACCUCUCGCGACCGAUAAAAACUACAUGUUGAAAAUAAAACAACACCAGAAAGAAUUAACCGAUGCACAUGUUUAUAAAUUCAUUUCAGUAUUCACAUGUUUUAACUUAUUUCACAUCAAAUAAAGCACAGCAGCGGUUGAGAUUAUGUUCACAUUCCACGAACAUUUUCCGUCAAACCUUUUGUAUUGGUGCACAUAGAUAUACAAUAUGUUAAAACAAUCUGUUUGGCUUGAUUGAAUUGAGUCCUCCUGGAAUGUGUUCUUUUUUCUUUCUGCUUUCUUUUUAAUCGAAUUAAAUUGAAUUAUUGAUUAGAAUGUAUGUGAUCAACAACGAAUGUCUUAAUUAAGGAUUAUGAUCAAACAAGACGUGUCUCCGACCGCUGAACACGUGUAGUAGGAGCCCCGGGGUGGACAUUUAUUAUCAUUUUAUACACCAGUUGGUGACGAUUAUAAAAACCCCAUACAAUUGCAUGGAAUGUAUAAUCGCCCUCACUAAAUGUACUGUAAAGAGUUGUAACUUUAUUCCCAGCGUCAAUGUAGAGAAUACUAAUUACCAUCUACAGAACCCGAGGGGGAUACAGAAGCUAUUUAAUGGGAUUUAAGUGUUAGAUUCGUUGAUAUUGUAGAUCGCGUCAUUUACUGUAGGAUUCACUGUCAAACUUGAAAAAAAACCCUGCAUUUUAUGCUACUGAGUUGCUCCAAGUACGGAAAUUACACCCCCAAGAUUGAAAAAUUGCUUGUGCGUAUAAUAUUUCGUAAAUUAGUAGUACCUUACAGCCACCUCGUAACUUUCAACUUUACAGUCGGCUGAUUUGGACACAAGAGUAAAGAAAUAAAUUUUAGGUACACACACUGACCUACAUCUCAAAUUUUGAAAGGUCAAUGAAGACAACUACUCUUGAGGCUAAAAUAAUAAACUCACCGUUAAAGAUAGUAUCAUUAUUUCUCCCCUAUAUAGACGAUUAUUAAGAAUACAGACUUUUGGGGGGGUUACCUCGAUAAAAUAAACACAAGUAGGAAUACCUUAAUUGGAAAAUAACAAAUACAUCGACAAAUAAAAAUAUAUCGUGAAUAUUUGUGUGGAGACUAGGCCUUUUAUCACGUUUGUCCGUGAGAUUCCAUUAUUUAAUUGGAUGUGUAUUACCGGGGACCGAGGCAGACCAAGUGGGUAAUUUUCAGGUCCCCUGAGGUUCAUAAUUGUUUCUGUCAGUAAUAUAAGCGACCUCUAUUGGCGAGAAAAGAAAUCUAUUGAAUUUAAGACAAAAAUCGGACGGUAUUCCAUUUUUUUUAUAUUAUUAUCCUAAAGAUCAUUUAAUUUACGUCUGAACUUGGUAUAAACUGUCACGGUUCGGCGGAGAGGGAGUGUAACACUCAUAUAUCGCUUUAUCUGAUGGGGGUUUCAGUUUUCUAGUAUAUGCGCAACUGAACGAUCUUUAUAAGUCUAUAUAAACAUUGUACACAUCCAGGAUAAAGAGAAUUUCAGAAUGGUAUACCAAGGACAUGACAUGGGAUUAUAACAAUAACAGAAAUGUCGACGUUAGAUACUGAAGAGACAGAACCAAGAUUGCAAGUCAAACACGUGGGCGAUCAUGUGGAGGACACGUGUGUCAGUUGUCCAGUCUCCAGUGAUGGUGAAACGGACCAUAAACAACCAGCACAAAAGUCUAGUACCAAGCCAAUUCCAAAAGCGAAGUCUUCUGCUGAAAUGCAAUCAAUAAACGAAACAGCCAACUCAAGCAGACGACACAGUGCAAUAGGAAACGAAAACGUCUCGGAAAAUCCCAAGAGGGGGGAGGACAAAAUUAAAAAUAUACCACUGGACAAUCAGAAUCUCCUGUCAAAAAGUAGUGGAAAAAAAUAUGUACAUUCCAACAAAAUGAGGAGGAAAAGUGGGUCAGACAAGCAAGAAAAUGAGGACAAGCAUAACCAAAGCAGCUUCCUGGUGUCCACAGAUCGUCCCAAUUGUUACGUAGUGAACAAAUCAAAUGACGAUAUUUUAGCUCUAGUGGAUUUAGGACCAAAACGAGGCCGUCAUAACUCAGCAGGAAAAUACCAUGAUUAUACACCCAAUCUGUCCGAUAAAACUUGUGAUGAAAACGAAGACGAUGUCAUGUUAUGUGAAGACAACAAUGAUUCAGAAAGAAAAGACAUAGCAGACAAAUUGAGAGACAACGUAUCCGUCGUGGGAAGUAUGAUGUAUGGAAUUCUGAUGUCGGUUCUAGCAGCCGCCCUCCCCAUCACCGAGACAUUUGCCUCCCAGAAUUCUUCCCAGAUGUUUGAAAUAUUCUACAUCUAUAUGUACCUGGUGAGUUUUUUAUUUGUUGUGUAUGUCCACUUCUGCAUUCUCAAACGUGGAUCUCGACUGACCAUGCUCCUUGUGACAAUUGUCCGCCAUGUCCGGAGACUGCUGAGAAAUGACUCGAACAAAGAACCGACCGAGGGGAGGGCGGGAGCAGAACCUUCUGCCCUGUCCCGGCGCAGCUUAAGCACGAACAGUACCUGUAAUGGCUUUGUCUACACGGGCAGUUUCCCGUUUAGAAUAGGGGCUGUGGUGUUUGGUGUAGCCAGUAUGAUCCACAGUGGACUGAACUUCGCCUAUUUCUUCCAACUGCAUGAUGGGAAUUCCGUUUGUCAUCACCCUGUGCAGGCAAUCAAACCCUUCAUGCACAUGACCUUCACUUUUAUGCAGCUUUACUUCAUAUUUAUGCACUCCAAGCUCAUUUUCAUCCAUCACAAGUUUAUCGCUCGACUUGGCUUAAUGCACCUUUGCUGUACAAACCUAGCAGUGUGGUUCAGAUGUAUCAUCGUGGAAACUCUUGAUGCCCUAAGUCGGUUCCACCCACAAGAGACCAGCCCGGUAAUCACGAAAAAUGUCACAGAGUCGUCUUUGUUGGAGGGCGCUAAACCAUCUGCUGCUAGCAGAAAGUUACAAAACGUCCCAAAUUCCCAUUUGAUUCUGAUUAGUCUUCCCAUGAACAACAGUAAAAAUGUCUUUCUUCCGGAGAUUUCUUGCUUCUGGUCCGAUUUGUUUGGAAAUUUUGUACAGAGAGCGGGACCAUAUUUGUAUCCCUGUAAAAUUGAGUACAGCUUGAUUUGUGCAGCUAUUGUUUACGCCAUGUGGAGAAACGUUGGUCGAAAAUCAAACGAAGUAGCUUUGACCUCUGAACGUCAACAGACGACGCCGGGUGACCCCAGCAAAAGACUGGAUUGUUCCAGCUCUAUCCGGGGACUUUUCGCUGGCAUUUUGGUCACCGUGGGUACAAUCAUUUCCAUGGUGGCUUUUUAUGUGUUGGUGACGCACCAACCUAUGUCAAGUACCGCCAUUAUCCUGGUCCACGCUUCUGAAACAUCCAUGUUCUUGUUGAUGACGGGAGCCAUUAUAUUUGCAGCAGACAGAAUGAAAAACAUGAAAUUCACACCGGUCUCUUGGAGGUUUUCAGUGGAACUACAUCUUUUAUUCGUCUCGUUUACAAGUGUGUUUGCUUUCGCUGUCUUUGGGGGCAUCGCUGCGGCUUUUGAAACACAUAAACCAAAAGGAGUUUUAAACAUUUUAACGAAUCUUUUCAUGAUUUUGCAAUCCACGAUGCAAGUCUUGUUCAUCGUGGCAGCAAGUAAACUGGCUUCUGCCAAUGAAUUACAAGGACGAAAGAAACGGGGGCGAGAAUUCGUUAUGUUUCUUGUACUCUGUAACUUUGCAUUGUGGGCAAUGAACACUUUUGAGACCCAGCAGCCAGAACAUAACCCGGUGCAGAUGGACUUUUACGGACCAUUAGCGUGGUCUGUACUCACGCACGUCACUGUACCACUGUCUAUCUACUUUCGCUUUCACUCUGCAGUUUGUCUUAUCAACAUAUGGCGUUAUUCUUGGAGAUAUAGACCUAGACAAGAGAUAGAGCUGGAGAGUUCUUGCUAAACGUGUCUGUGAUAACAUUUGCGUCCCAUACAGCCCAUAAUUGUAAUAAAAUAACCUCGUCUAAAUUCACUCAUUGGUAUACAUACAUGCAUAUGAAUUUGCGAAACCCCAUAAAAUUGUUUAAUUUGCGUUGUUUUACGCCGAUUUAGCGAUAAAUCAGUCAUAUUUCGCCGAUCCCAUUUUUCAUAAGAUUUUAAAUUGAUCAAUGAUAGGAACACACAGCACCUAACGUAGAUAUAGGUUUCAUUGAAAAUACGUCAAAUCUCCAUUAUUGUGACGCGAUUACAUGGACGUUAAAUCUCAACUGAUGGAUCUAAUCAAUAUCUCCACUGUGCAUGUCUGGUGUAUAAUAGUAACACACAGGGUAAACGAUAAAUCGUACAAGAUGAAAACGUGGAGAUAACGGUGAUCAAACUCUUAGAUCAUAUAAGAAUACGAAAUUGAGAGCAGGACAUGAUCGGACCCCCGAAAACACUAGAGGUGGUAUCGGGUUCCGAGGAGGAGUACGCAUCCCCUUUUGACCGGUCACACCUGCUUUGAGCUCGAUAUUUUGAACAGGUAGAGGGAGUAGUCCAAAUAAGCUCGUUAUGAAAUAUGUCAGGCAGCAUUCUAACAAAUAGCAGGGUAGCAACUGCGUCUUGUGUCAAAUCCGAAGUCACAACGAUUCAAAAUACGAAAUGUUUCAAUACCGACAGACAUAAAUCACGUGACAAAAAGCUUUUUAGGAGAUAUGCAGGUAUCCAUGUAAUUGUUAAUUCUGAAAGAUCGGAACACGAGCCGAGCUUCUCCAAAUCUUGACAUUCUUUGGAGAAAGUGUCAAUUUCAAAAUAAAAUGUCCUGUGAUGUACAGUAAGGUAAUUGGACUGAGAGCUGAUUUGACAUUGUUUCGGAAAUGAAUUUAUAAUUUAGUAUGCCGUCAUAAGAUGACGUUGUGGUCAAACUUCGACGUUAGUGGGAUCAAAGUCACACAAUAUAUUAUGAAAAAUAAAAUGAAAAAAAUACAAACACGAUGAGUGUUAUGUGUACAAAAUAUGGAUGUCUUGAAUAGCAGUGAAAAUAUGAAUGAUAACGAGAGGCAAGUUUUUCUAUUUAGCGGACAGCUCUCGUAGACUAUAUUAUACGUUUAUGUGUACAUGUAGUUUGGUGUGAUUCAAAGUACACCGUGUAAAGUGUUUGCAAUAAUCAAUCUUGAGAACUGGCGAUAUAUAUAUAUAUAUAUAUAUAUAUAUAUAUAUAUAUAUAUAUAUAUAUAGUUUUUAAAUGCAAUGUUUAAAUUACAAAACUUUGAAUAUGUAUAUCAUAUGUUUUCAACAUAAAAUGUAAGAUUUUGAACAAAAUCACAUCAUUUCGAGAUAUAUAUAUAUAUAUAUAUAUAUAUAUAUAUAUAUAUAUAUAAAAGCACUAACUUACAUUUUAUGUUGAAAAGUUUUGUAAUUUAAACAUUGCAUUUAAAAAGUUACAUGUACAGAAUAUAUGUGAAUGUGAAAGAGUCCAUAGAUUGUGGUAUGUGUUGAAAACAUCUUGCCGUUGAUUAAAUGAUACGUUGAUUAUUGUUAUCUAUACACAGUGUAAACACAUGAGCUAUAUGGGUAAUAUAUGUAUUGACAAAAAUAACUGGUAGAUAUUCAAAAUCUUGUGACUUAUGCUCACAUAUCUUGUUAUUUCAAAUAUUACAAUGAGGUUAAAAGUAUGAUUGAUUGAUUGAUUGAAUAUUGUUUAACGUCCCGCUCGAGAAUAUUUCACUAAUAUGGAGAUGUCACCACUGCCGGUGAAGGGCUGCAAAAUUUAGGCCUAGGCUCGGCGCUUGUGGUCAUUGAGCAGGGAGGGAUAUUUAUCGUGCCACAGCUGCUGUGACACGGGACCUCGGUUUUUGCGGUCUCAUCCGAAGGACCGUCCCAUUUAGUCGCCUCUUACGACAAGCAAAGGGGUACUGAGGACCUUUUCUGACCCGGAUCCCCACGGGAUUUUAAAAGUAUGAAAUAUACACCUUUAUUUUAGGACGUGAAUUACACGGUUCCAUUCAUAUAUAUUGCGGGCACUGUGUAUAGAUGACAAGACUCAGCAAGAAUUUCGAAUACGUAGUACAAUGUAGUAAAUAUCGCAUAAUUUUUUUGUAUUUUGCUUACUGAUGUAUCACAAGAUUAUUGAAUGUUGUUAUGCCAAAACAAAAUGCUAAGGGUUUUCAAGUAUUACUUUAUUUUACAUGAAACAUUAUGCUGUUCUAGCCAAUGUCGAUUUCCAGAUUUGUUUUGAAUAAAAUGUACAUAUUCGGA